AUGAGUACGCCGUCCAUCUGCAAGAGCGCCACCUCCAUUGCCGACAGUCUUGACGGUGAGGAGUUUCUGGCUGCUAGCCCCUUUCACCCGGGCAAUGCGGAUCUCCGCUCCAUGGUGCAGGACUCUCCACGGACGAGCUUUCAGCCGCGCUUUGCGCGCAUCGAUUCGAUGGAUUACCGGGGUCAAAGCAUCGUUGAGCACGUGAACAAUACGGCGCCGACCAGCUGCGUAUCGUCGCGUAUGCCGCAGAGGUCGCAUCCGCGGAAGCCCGUAGCGCCAAACUGGCGUGCCGAGGCGGCGACCAACACAUUGCCACCGCAUUCUGACCAUACGCGGCCGAGGGACAAACCGCGCUCUGGCUUCGGGCUUGACACUCGCGACCUAAGGGCGGAGUACUCGAGUGCGCCGGCGCGGCCUAAGUGCGCCACUUCAUCUGUCCCAGUCCUGCCCUCAACGGCGGCGAAGGUGGCGGCUGCCGGAAGCUCUUGUCAGGCGCUGAAGACCUCUAAAAGCAGCUCACAGACCGCUUCCGGGUCGGAGCGCACUCUCAGCAGCGGUGGCGUUUCGGAUCUGCCCUUGACCUCGCCAUUCUCAUGCAGCGACAGCGCCAAGGACGUGCAAGAGGAACAUACGGCAAGUCUUUGUGGAACCUCGAAGAGGAGUACCAACGGCAGCGAAUCUAGGGAAGCCACGCUGCGGAACCAUCCACUGCGCCGGAGUGCCGGCGCCACUGCAACAGCGUCCGUAGACGCACCCGGCAGCGACAUCGCCGUUCACAUGCGCCCUGAAUGUGAAGACGUGGACCUCAUCCACAGCGACGAUGCUCGCCUUACCGGCGCCCCUCGACGGGGGACGGUACCAGCUCCUACCACCGGUGCAAAACUGACUCCGACGUUGUCCAAUGCGUUGUCGCCGCACUCAUCAUCACCGGUAACAAGAGCCCCCUCAGCACCUUCGCCAAUCUCGAGGUUUCGUUCUGUGCUGGUGGAGAGCCGCAGCAGCCUUGGCGUUGCCGCGUCAUCUCCGUGGCGGACUUCCCCAGAAAAGGGCACUGCAACAGAGAGAAGUGGCGCCUCCGUGCAGUUAGUCGCAGCUGGUGCCGCCAGCCUGGCCGCCGUAUCGCCUGUGUCGCCGAAGCACGUCUCCCCCAUGCCGCCGUCGAACUUGCAGACAGCGGAGAGCGACGCCAGUGCUGGCUCAGCACCGUUGCGCCAAAACGUCAGCAAACACCGUCACUCGAUGCGGCUGCUGCCGCAGUGCUCCACGGACGUGCACACCACCGAAAAAAGUGACGCCGCAGCAGUUUCCAUUCCCGUGGUGUCGAAGGCGCUGCGCCGUAAUAGCACCUCUCCAUUGCAGACCGUUGUCGCAACGUCUUCAGUAGCGCCGGAUUCGGCAAAAGUGACGCGUUCGUCCGACGGCGGUCCAUCUGAAAUCGCUAGGGUGCCACGGCUAUCUGCUAAGAUGCACUCUCUGAAGGUGAACGCACCGCGACCCGCACCUGAUCGGCAGCUGCGCGUGGCACCUUUGCAGAUGGCUGCGCGCAAAACUCUGGAGCGUAUCCCAGCGCGCGUUGCGCUGACCAAGGGUCCCGAGCAGCGGGGUGCCCAAACGCCCCGGGACAACCCACAUCAAGAGCACCGUUCGCGGAUCGAUCUUGUGGAGGGCCGCGAAACGGUUUCCGUAAAGACCAGCACGUCGCAGAAGUCAGGCUCGCUGCGGAACGUCGGCGUGGUCGACGUCAGCAACUCAAAGCAGCGCAUCUACUACUGCACACCGUCGCUCGGUGAUGAGAUCAUGCCGAACUUCGCCAGGGACGCUGCCGACCUGCACCUCAAGGUGAACCGGCCAAGCAUUUUCACCUCGGCCAUUCGCACAACAGUGAAGGGGUCUGGAAAGCUGAGAGACGCCAAAGUUGCCCCUCUUGCUCAUCUGCAACCGCUGCCGAACCUUUCUUCGCGGCGACCGUCGAAGGAUAGUGCGUCCCCGGUGUCUUUGACCCCGCCGCGCGCGGAUUUAGCCACCGCACCCCCGUCACCGCAGCCGUACUCAUUGGUUGGAUCGCCUUUGCGCUCCGAUUCUCACUCGGCGCAGGCACCGUUAUAA